UCUUGCAGGGACUCGCUCGCACUCAUCAACCGCGCACCGUUAUCCGGGCCAAGCUGUCAUCUACGUUCCAUCUUCACCGUCCGACAAUCGUGUCUCUCCCAGCCGUACACGAGGGGCCCUGUUAUCCUCUCAGGCGGCCAAACGCACAAGAUACUUCCUCUGUUUUUUUCAAAGCAGGAGACACAGUGUCUAUCGAGGAAUUUUCCCUGAAGUCAGAAGAAGGCGCAAGAUGAAGUUGGACAGGGGUUGGAUGUGGUGCGUGCUGCUCCUGUCCUCCCUGGCUGUGGCCACCGUGGUGGCCCAGGAGAAGCCGUCGGAGGCUGAUAUUGCAGAUGUGGAUGACGAUAUGGGCUUGGAUGAGGAGGAAUUAAAGGUUCUCAUGGCACAAGAGGAGACAGAGGAGGAGGCAACAGUGAUGGAUGAAGAUCAGUCUGACGAGACAGAUGGCAAAGGCACAGAAAGUGGGAAGGCUGGCAAGGCUGAAAUGGAUGCAAAUGUCUCCUUCCAGAUAACAUACGUGACUCCCGUUCCCACUGGAGAUGUGUACUUUGCAGAGACAUUCGAUGAUGGAUUGCUGGGCAGAUGGCAGUUGUCAAAGACAGUGAAGGGGGACACAGAUGAUGACAUCGCCAAAUACGACGGGAAGUGGGCUGUAGAGCAGCUGAAGGAGAACAAGGUUCCAGGAGACCAGGGCCUGGUGCUUAAGUCCCGGGCCAAACACCAUGCCAUCGCUGCAAUGCUGGACAAACCCUUUGUCUUCCAGGAUGAGCCCCUGGUCAUACAGUAUGAGGUGAAUUUCCAGGAUGGUAUCGACUGUGGUGGAGCAUACAUCAAACUGCUUUCAGACACUGGAGAUCUCAGUCUGGAGCAGUUCCACGAUCGCACACCCUACACCAUCAUGUUUGGACCGGACAAAUGUGGUGAGGACUACAAGCUGCACUUCAUCUUCCGCCACCAGAAUCCUCUUAACAAAGACAUGGAGGAGAAGCAUGCAAAGAGGGCCGAUGUCGACCUCAAAAAGUUCUACACUGACAAGAAGACUCACCUCUACACACUGGUCCUGAACCCAGACAACAGCUACGAAAUGUUCAUUGAUCAGUCCAGCGUGAGCCGUGGGAACCUGCUCCACGACGUGGUUCCUCCAGUCAACCCUCCCAAAGAGAUGGAUGACCCAAAUGACUCCAAGCCUGAGGACUGGGAUGAGAGGGCCAAGAUCCCCGACCCAGAGGCCGUCAAGCCCGAUGACUGGGAUGAAGAUGCUCCUGCUAAGAUUGAGGACCCUGACGCUUUGAAGCCCGAGGGCUGGCUGGAUGAUGAACCAGAAUUUGUCUCCGACCCUAAUGCUGAGAAACCAGAAGACUGGGAUGAGGAGAUGGAUGGAGAGUGGGAAGCACCACAGAUUCCUAACCCAGCCUGUGAGACGGCCCCUGGCUGUGGGGAGUGGAAGCGCCCUAUGAUCAACAACCCUCAGUACAAGGGCAAGUGGAAAGCUCCGCUGGUGGACAACCCCAACUAUCAAGGAGUCUGGAAGCCGCGUAAGAUCGAUAACCCGGACUAUUUUGAGGACCUGCAGCCAUUCAGGAUGACCCCAUUCAAGGCUCUGGGCUUGGAGUUGUGGUCCAUGACCUCAGAUAUCUACUUUGACAACUUCAUUAUCACCUCUCACAAGGAGGUGGCAGACCGCUGGGCCUCUGACAGCUGGGGGCUGAAGAAACUGGUGGCCAGUGCCAAUGAGCCGGGGAUUUUUGCUCAGCUGAUGAUGGCUGCAGAAGAGCGACCGUGGCUCUGGGUAAUCUACAUACUGACAGUAGGCCUCCCUAUUGGACUGGCUGUGCUCUUCUGCUGGCCAAAGAAAUCAGAAGAUGACUACGUGUACAAGAAGGUGGAUGUGCCCCGAGCUGAUGUAGAAGAGGAGGAGGAAGAGGAGGAGGAAGAAGAAGAGGCAGCAGCAGAAGAGGAAGACAAAGCAGCUGAGACUACAGAGGGAGCAGCAGCUGCAGCCACAGAGGAAGCUGAGGAAGAGGAGGAGGACGGUGCUGAUGUAGGAGGGGACAAUCUAGAGGGGGAUGAUGAUGACGAUGAUGAGGAGGAGGAGGAGGAGGAGGAAGAAGGAGAAGACGAAAGCAAAGCUCCAGAGAGAACAUUAGAAGAUGAGCCCAAGGAGGGAGGAGACGUUGGCGAAGAGAGCCACAAACAAGCUGUGAGAAAGAGGAGGGUACGGAAAGACUGAAGAGGUGAACACCACGCCCACUGUCUCCUUGCUCCCCCCAAAUAGGGAGGAGGUGGAAAUGCCGUAUCUGCCGCCGCUCCCCCCCUCUCUGAGCGGAGCAGCAUGUAAUUCCUCCAAAACCACCUGGUAGCCUCCAGUCACCCUGGCUGCCCCCAUCCACCCACCCAUCACAGGUCUGCAGUGUCCCAAACCACAUCCUGUAUUAUCCCCUCAUCUCGUGUCUCCUCUUCCUGUCUACUCAUUCAACUAUCAGAUAAAUCCCAUGGAGAUUUUGUGCAUUUAGCAGUUUUCCCUCCUCCCUCCUGAGCUUCCACGCUUUCUUCAUCCCUCUUCCCCUCUAUAAGCCAUUGCUGUCAAAAUGCCUGUCAGCCUAAAAAACCCCUGCCUCUUCCACCUCUGUUCCUGUUCAGCCCGUGUCUGUCAGUCUCCUCUCUGAAUAUAUGCCAUCAUAGAUCUACCAGUCUGUCUCCUCGGAGAGCGAAGGCAGCACAGAGCACCUGCACUGCUGUCGACAACAGUUGUUUGUACCAUUUUGCAGCAUAUCAUAGGGGCUACAUCUCAGAAGUUAGAUUUAUUCUUGUGUCCUGUGUUUUAAAGAACUCAUUUGAGGACACAGUUUGACAAAGUUCCUUCUUUGAAAUUGUACGGGUUUCGAGAACAGGCCAGGAGGAGAGGACACCAGGCUGUGGGGAAAGGCUGUCUGAGAUGUUACUGCAGUGUCAGAACAUUUCAGUGAAAAGUCGCCUCAGCUUAGGUUUAAAAGAUUACCUCUUUAAAAAUGGAUGUUCUGUUUAGAUAUUAGCUAGUUUGUAAAGAGCAUCAGUUACUUUUAUGUGUGUUUUUUACUAAGUUAUAGCAAUUUAAGAAUUGAGGAUUAGCACUGAUAACCCUAUUUAUUGGUUUUGUUUAAAUUUAAUAAUGCAGUGUUUUGAGUGACUUGAGGCAAUUUUCUUAAAUAUGAUAUACCACUGAUGAGCUUAUUCUGAGCCUGGGCUUGUAUAAAAUGUUUUAAAUAACUGACACUGUCAGCGCUUGGAGCAUAGAUAGAUAUUUCUGAACGCCUUGGCCAUCAGAUGUCAAAAAGACAGAAUAAAUAUGUGGGAUUCUGCAGCAAACAGCUGGAUAUUAAACCUGUGAAGACAAGUCUCAUUCAGUCAGUACACAGCAGUGCUUUCCCUUAAUAUCUAGAGUAGCUGGAGUACAGAUCUAGAUUGUUGCUUGGGGAAGACACUGAUGCUAAUUUAUUUGUUUUAUAUUAUUGUCUCAAGCUUUUGUAGUUCACAUUACUUGCCAGAUGCUGGCAGAUAUCCCUGUUUACAUUUGUUUGCAAAUUGUACAUUGCUCUUGAAAAUAAAAGUAUUUAAUAUGAAAA